ACGUCACCGCGCUAGCGCAGUAUCCCGGAUGUUGUUGUUGUAAUCUGUCUGACGUGGGAGAGUUAAAAUCGUUCACCUCGCUGACGGACGCUCAUCAAGGGAGUUUGUUGUUGUUGUUUGUUGUUGUCCUAAGGGGGCGACGAGCGAUUAAAACAACAACAACAACACCAACUCUGGCGACGAUGCCUCUGCCCGUGCAAGUGUUCAACUUUCAGGCUGCUGUGGAGCCCAUGCAGUUGGACGUUGAGCCUCAGGAUGAGCUGCAGAACUCCUCUGAGUCGACCUACGUGGUGGACAACCCCUCGCUGGAUCUGGAGGUGUAUGCGGGUAGCUAUGGUGGACUCAUGAAGGUGGAGCGGCUGCUGUUUGUGGCCGACCACUGUGCCUCCCUGCGCGUGGACUCCCUGCGGAUGGCUCUGACUCACGUGCACAAGUCGUUCAACAUGGACAUGUACGAGGAGAUACAAAGACGGCUCAGCCUGGCCUGCAGUCUCUCUGAGGGUGCUGCUGGUGGAGGUGCUGCUGGUGGAGGUGGUGCUGGUGGUGGUGGAGGUGGUGGUGGUGGAGCAUCAUCAUCAUCGUCAUCAGCAGCAGCAGCAGCAGCAGCUGGUGGACUUUCCGCCGGUGGAGAGUUCUCCAACCCCUCCUCCUCCUCCUCCUUGUCGUCAUCAUCCAACUCAUCCUCCGCCUCUUCGGCUUCGACGGUCGCCGGAGUCGUCGGAGCUCCAAUGGCCACCUCCGAGCUCCUUGGCGGUGGUGGCGGUGGUGGUGGUGGCGGUGGUGGCGGUGGUGGUGGUGGCGGUGGUGGUGGUGGUGGCGGUGGUGGUGGCGGUGGUGGUGGUGGUGGCGGUCUGCCCCACGUGCCCGCUCUGGACGUGGCAUGGGUCGAGGCCCAGCGCAAGAAGGCUCUGCUUAAGCUCGAGAAGCUGGACACGGACCUCAAGAACUACAAGGGGAACUCCAUCAAGGAGAGCAUCCGGCGUGGCCACGACGAUUUGGGCGACCACUACCUGGACUGCGGAGAUCUCAGCAACGCGCUGAAAUGUUACUCACGGGCACGUGACUACUGUACGUCGUGUAAACACGUGGUGAACAUGUGUCUCAACGUCAUCAAGGUAGCCACCCACCCACCCACUCACUCACACACCCACCCACCGACUACUGUACGUCGUGUAAACACGUGGUGAACAUGUGUCUCAACG